AAGUGGCCGCAACUGCUCGGUACGCGCCCAGCUUGACGCCCCAUCUCCUUAGCUAUUGUCCUUCCUACUACCUUAUUGUCCUGAUUAUCUCCUUAUUGUCUUCCUUGCCUCCUUAUUGUCUUCCCCUUUCUCCUUCGCCCUUCUCGAUAUCCUUUCUUCUUAUAUCCCGACAGUCGAUUUCUUUUUCCCAUCUGCUGGAGUUUAACCUUUUCCAAUUCGACCCUCCUCCGUUUGGCUUUACUUCGUCCCAUCCGCCUCUGUUCUUCGACCUCCUGCUCUCUGCGCCAUGGCCCCAAUUAGGAUCGUGGUGAAGGACAGGGCGCUCCUCGCCGCGGGCAAACCGCGCCCCUUUGUCAAGCCCGUUCAGCCCGUUAAGCAAGCCUACGCUGUCCAGCCGCCUCGUUCAAAACGGGGCGACCUGGCCAUGCUUUGCCAGGCUGUUGACAUUGCGCUCGAAUAUUUCAACAGCGACGACAGCGUGCCCCUUUCGACGCUGACAGCCAAAGCCAGGAUCUGGGCGGAUCGAUACUUUAAGGGCUAUCGCUACGCAGCAAAGCGCCCGACCUCCCUCUUGCGCACUUUCCCCAACCUGUUUAACUUGGAAGUUGAAGCGCCCCUCCGACUAGUCCCGAAGGUCAUGCCCUCCCCGUCGGCUUCCGAGCCCGACGGGGCCAGCCCGCGGGAACUCCGCCGCGCUGAGCGGCGGUCCAUGAACAGCGAGGCGUUCCCCGAGUUCGCCGAGCCCACGCUUGCCUCUGACGCCGAGCUGGACCAGAUCGUCGACCUCCGGACUCGGCAGCGCGGGGCCGACUCCGCCGCUAAGCCCAGGAUGCGGGUUGACGCCGCCAUGCUUCGCGGCUCGGGCCUGAUGAGUGUGCUGCCCGAGUUCCUGGGCCAGCUAGCUCGCGCCAACCUCGAGACUGAGACGAUGCUGGCCACCAAUCCAGCCGCCGUCCGCUUCGAGCUCGACGAGGAUGAGGCCGCCGAGCAGCCUCACAUUGAGAUGAACCUCUUUGCUGGCUUGGUCGAGCCCCAGCGCCGUCGGCGCCAGCGCGGUGUCGUUUUACCCGGGGAACCUGCGUUCAAGCUCCCUACGGAUUCCGAGUCAGAGAGUAGCGAGAGCGAGUCCAGCGUUAGCGCCGUGCAGAGGAGUCCCAGCCAAGAUAAUGCGAGCGACGAAGACAGCGGUGAUGAUACCGACGCUUCGACAUCGACGACCGCCAGCCUGCAUGCCAACCUCAAGAAGCGCAAGUCAGCGGCGCUGGAAGACGCCGACGACGCCGAGGCGGCCAGCCCGCCCAACAAGAUCCGCAUACAAUACUACUACCCGCCCCUCAAGCUCCGUCACUACGACAUGAAACGGCGGAAGCUGGUCAGCCGCGCCAACCCGGCCGCAGUCCCCGACGACCCCUUCGACAAGUGCCGGGAAACGCCCACAGCGCCCGCUGCGCCGUCCACGCCGAGCCGCGACAGACCAGCGCACACGGACAGCAGCAGCACCUCUUCUCCCUCCCCCUCCUCCGCCCCGUCGCCAACUUCCUCCUCCUCCUCCUCCUCCUCCGGCGGCAGCAGCCCAGUCCCGAUCACCAAGAUCCGAGUCCCCAGCCGCAGCCCGGACGGCUCCCGCUCCGCCUCCCCGGACAGGAUCAUCGUGCUCCGCCAUCCCGUGCUGUCGCCGCCGUCUGCAGAGAGGCGGUCGCCGUCCUCCUCCUCCGAGUCCUCCUCCUCCUCCUCCGAGGAGCCGGGCUCGCCGGGCGCUUCGUCAAGCGCGUCGUCAAGCAGCAGCAGCAGCAGCAGCAGCCGCAGGCCCCGGAUCAAGCUGCUUCAGAAGAAUCGGCCGGGUUCCGCGGGGAAGAGGCUGAUUGAGGAGGUCGAGUAGUCAGUGUUUUUGGGGGUGGUGUUUCUUUGUUUGGACAGGAAAGCUGGUGGAGACGGUAUCGUGCAGUUUGGUCGUUUCGUGGGGACGGUGGUUUUUAAUGUUCGCAUGGCUUCGGCGAGUGCAUUUACGCUGAUGAAAAGAGCGGAACUGAAUGGGAUAACUAGGCGUUCUGACGGUCAUACUGCAUUGGGGGCGACCGGCUGGCGUUGCAUGAUAGA